AUCUCAUAAAAGCGAUUCGUGCCUGUAAAACGGCAGCUGAUGAACGAACUGUCAUUCAAAAAGAAUCAGCAGCAAUACGUACAAGUUUCAAAGAAGAAAAUAAUGAUGCACGACAUUCAAAUGUGGCAAAGCUACUUUACAUUCACAUGUUAGGCUAUCCAGCUCAUUUUGGUCAAAUAGAAUGUUUAAAACUAGUUGCUUCAAAUAGAUUUGCAGAUAAAAGACUUGGAUAUUUAGGAAUAAUGCUUUUAUUGGACGAGAAUCAAGAAGUAUUAACUUUAGUUACUAAUUCUUUGAAAAAUGAUAUGAACCAUUCAAAUAUGUAUGUUGUAGGAUUAGCUUUGUGUACUAUGGGUAAUAUAUCAUCACCAGAAAUGGCACGCGAUUUAUGUGCUGAAGUCGAGAAAUUAUUGGGUAGCUUCAAUACUUAUAUUAGAAAAAAGGCGGCAUUAUGCGCGAUGCGCAUUAUUCGUAAAGUUCCUGAAUUACAAGAAAAUUUUCUUUCAAAAGCAAAAUCUCUACUGAAUGAUAGAAAUCAUGGAGUUUUACUUACUGCCAUUACUCUUAUAACAGAAAUGUGUUCAAAAAAUCCAGAAACUUUGCAAGCAUUUCGCAAGGCAGUUCCUUUGUUGGUUCGGCAUUUGAAAACCUUGGUUUCUGCUGGAUUUUCUCCCGAACAUGAUGUUACUGGUGUAACUGAUCCAUUUUUGCAAAUUAAAAUAUUAAGGCUUUUAAGAAUUUUGGGUAAAGGUGAUUCCGAAGCUAGCGAGGCAAUGAAUGAUGUUUUGGCACAGGUCGCAACAAAUACUGAGUCAGCAAAAAAUGUUGGAAAUGCAAUUUUAUAUGAGACUGUACAAACUAUUAUGGAAAUUCAAUCAGAAAGUGAUCUUCGUGUAUUAGCAAUAAACAUCCUAGGAAAAUUUUUGACAAAUAGAGAUAAUAAUAUUAGAUAUGUUGCUCUUACUACAUUAAAUAAAACAGUGACAUUAGAUACUAAUGCAGUACAACGGCACAGAAAUAUAAUACUUGAUUGUUUACGUGAUGCUGAUAUUUCAAUAAGACGACGUGCGUUAGAGUUAACUUUUGCAUUAAUUAAUGAGUCAAAUGUUAGAGUUUUAACUCGUGAGUUGUUGGCAUUUUUGGAGGUAGCUGAUAAUGAAUUUAAACAAGGUAUGACUACAAAGGCAGGUAAUUACGUCCGUGAAGAGAUACUGUCAAACUUCAUUCGACUUGUUGCUCAUACGUCAGAAUUACAUGCCUAUACUGUACAGAAAUUAUAUUCUGCUUUAAAGGAUGAUAUUUCUCAGGAAUCACUAACAUUAUCCGGUGUUUGGGUAAUUGGAGAGUAUGGUGAUAUAUUGAUUAAAGGUGGUAAUUUUGAAGAAGAAGAAUUAGUAAAAGAGGUAACAGAGCCAAAUGUUGUUACUUUGAUUGAAUCAAUUUUAGAUGGGCCAUAUUCAAAUCAAAUCACUAGAGAAUAUGCACUAACAGCAUUGAUGAAAUUAACAUCACGUUUCACCAAUUCAUCUGUCAUUCAAAAUAUCAAAUCUAUAAUUGAAAAAUAUAGCACCAGUAUAGAAGUUGAGAUACAACAACGUUCUGUUGAAUAUACUAAUCUAUUUAACUUUGAUACUAUUCGGCCUGCUGUACUUGAAAGAAUGCCUGUGCCUGAUUAUAAAGAAGAAACUUCUACUUCACGCCCAGUUUAUGAUACAAUAUCUGAUUCUAAUAAUGGUAGUGGAAGUGGAACAAAUAAUUUCGAAAGUGAAAUAAUUGAUGUUGGUGGUAAUAGUAAUAAUGAUAUUAUGAAUUUAUUUAACAUUCAACGUCCUGCAACAACAACGAUAACUACUCCAGAAAUUACAACAAUAUCAUCACAAAAAAAUAUGAUUUCACAACAACAACAACCACCAUCAUCAUCUUUAAUAGAUCCUUUGGAUGGUUUACUAGGAUUAGGAAGUAACACAUCAAAUAUUGCUUCACAAUCUAUUACAUCAACAACACCAUCCGUUAAACCUGUUAGCUCUACUUCUAGCAAUAGUGGUAGUAUUGGUGGAUUUGGUGAUAUAAGCGCGCUUAAUACAACGGAACUUGGUAGUUCAGAUCAAUAUGUAGCUUAUAACAAAAAUGGUUUUAAGAUUACAUUGAAUCCGACUAAAGAUAUUAAUAACCCAAAUCUUCUUGAUAUUUUGGUUACAUUUUUAAAUAUUGGAGUGGGAUCAACUGUUCAAAACCUUUUGUUCCAAGCUGCUGUCCCUAAAACUCAAAAAUUACAAAUGCAACCACCUUCUUCAACAACAGUUAUACCUGGUUCAUCAGUAACUCAAUUAAUUCGUGUUAUGAAUCCUGCAAAGACAAAUGUAAGAUUAAGACUUAGAACUGUUUAUCAAACAUCGGCAGGCGGUAAGGUGGACGAAAUUUCUGAAUUUAAUGGGUUUCCUCAAGAAUUUUG